AUGGCUACUGUGACGGCUCGUGGAGAGGUGCCAAGCACUCUAACCCCCGACCAGCAUAAAGUCAAGUCCUUACGAUGGUCAUACAUCCAUUUUGGAUCCAACCCACAUGAUUGCCUGCAAGUAUCUCAUGAUGGCAGCGAUGCUGAUUUCUAUCUCAAGGAGCUCGAACGUGCUGAUGAUAAUCUGUGGAGCAUUCAACCUACACUGCGCGAACCUGAAACCCGAUAUAGCCAUAACCUCUUCGCUGUCGAACCUGGCAAAACUUGUGCAGAUCCACUUUCCUUCCCUGUAUCACAAGUCGCUACCAGGCUUUUUGCGGGCGAGAUUACUUCCGUGGACUCCGCCGGCGCCAAGGAGACCGCCGACACCCUCCUCAGCUCAGAGGUCACGAAAGAAGCAUGCGAGAUUUUCUAUCGUCAGGCUGUUGUGGCACUCAUGAGUUAG